CGCGGGCCAACACUCGCUUACCGACGCUUGCCCGUUGCAAUCUUUUAGUGGAGUAAUAAAACAAUAUUUAGACCAUAUUUGAACUAUGAAGGUCCUAAUAAUACUUGCUGUGUGUGCAGUCGUGUCCACAAAAAUUAUACCGGACGACUUCCCACAAUGCAAACGAAAUGACCCAGAAUUGGAUAAAUGUAUUUUAAAAGCAGUUGACGUAGUAAAGCCAAGGCUAUUAAAUGGUAUUCCUGAAGUAAACGUUCCGGCCUUGGAUCCUUUCAAUGUGCCAACAUUGAAACUGGACAGAACUGCCUCUAACUUAAGACUGAAGGCUACUAUUAAGAACAUGAAGGCGUUCGGCGCAUCUAACUUUAAGAUUGAGAAAGUAAAGUUGAACCUCAACAACAAGUACGUGGGUGAAGUGAAACUAACGAUCCCACAGCUAGAAGUGACGGCCGAGUAUGACGUGCGCGGCUCCAGAAUCCUAACCCUCGACAUAAGUGGCAAAGGAAAAUUCAGAAGCAAUUUUACUGGAAUAACUGUAGUUGCUAAGGGUAGUGCAAAACCAAUUAUCAAAGAUGGUGUCGAGUACCUACAAGCCGAUAAAAUUAUCACCAAACUCAAGAUCGGUAAUGGACAAGUCUUCAUCGAUGAUGCGGAGAGACCUGUAGCUGCAUCGUCAGCUGCAGCUUUUUUCAACGCCAGCCCAUUAGUCGUCCUGGAUAUCCUCAACCCUCUUAUUGAAGAGAGCAGUGCUGCCAUCGUUAAAGCCUUUUUCAACAAAAUAUUCGGAACAAUACCAUUAAAUGAGAUUUUAGUUGUUGAUGCUUAAUAUUUAAUAUCAAUUGAUGUUUGAUCGUUUUUGAUCAACGAAUAAUACUUUACAACGUAACUGUUUACUUGAUUACGUUUUACUUACAAGCGCAAAAAAUACAAUUUUGAACACAUGAAUACUAUCAAGUAUAACUUUUUUAAAUGGCGCUUUCUGAAAAAGAUACUUAAAAUUCAAAACACUAAACGUUUUGUCUUUUAUUUAUUUCGUUGAUAGGUAUCAAGUGUUAGAUUUAUUGGAAAUGCUAUUUGUCUUAAUUUAUUAAAAAUGUGAUAAUUUUGUAUAAUGUAUUUUACU